CUGCCAGAUUUUUGUAAUCGCGUCUUUUGCUUUGUGAUUGCUAGCAAGUGAGUCUGGUAAAACAUGUUUCGGCCAGUAUUAACUGGGCUGUUUAAUGUCCAUUCUGACUUUUUUUCUCCGACAGAUUGUAAAUGUCUUUUACUAUGAUGACAAAUAGGGUAACCCCAACAGAUUCAAGCGCCGGUCCGCCAUCAACACCUACAACGAUUGCUCGGGGAAGAAGGCGACUUCGGUUAAUACUGGUGACAGCCAUGUGCUUGGUCGCCUUCACUGGUUUAACAGUUCUGACAAUUUUAGACGUACUGGAAGCGAACGAAAACGCCUUUAAAACAAAAACACUACAAACUAGUGUGAAACUAAGCAUCGAGAUCGCUGGUCUUGUUCACAUGUUACAAAUCGAACGAGGUACGAGGGUUUUGUACGUGAGUUCUGGCAGAGAACACGGUGGGUGGGAGAAGGUGUUACAAGCGGGUAAUAACACAGACGAGUUCGCCAAAAACCUUGACAGUUGGCCUGAAACUGACCAGGAUCGAUAUAACUUUAGCAGCCUGGAAACGUUCAUGGUGAUGGUCAAUAACCACCGUAAUUUUUGUAGUGUCGUCAACAGUACUAUCCAAGAUGAGAUCACAUUUUACUCGCAGAUUAUUUCAAACCUGUUUGAAUGGUUAUUCCGAAACGUUCAGAAAAUCAACUAUGACGUCUUGUCAGAAUUUAUCGGUUACAAAAUGCUCUUGAUUGGAAAAGAGAAGACAGGAGUCGAACGUGCACUGGGAGGUUCGUUUUUCAGUCGAGGAAGAUUCCUUGAAACAGGCGAUCUGCUUUGGUUCGCGGAGAAUAACGUGCUCGCCAAGGAAAACCUAAACGCUAGCAUGGAGUUAAUGCCGGAAAUUAAGGAUUUUUACACAAGAGCUGUGAAAGCACACAAUGGUUCGGUACUAGUUGAAGUGGAGCAAAAAAGGAAAAUAAUCUUGAGCAACAAAAAACAAAACGCGUCAGUGGAAUUAGGUAGGGAAUGGUUCCAGCUUAUGACAGAUUACAUAGAUGCACUACUCCAAGUCCAGCGAGAAACCGGAGCGCUGAUCCUAGAGAGAUUGGAUAAUGAAGUCACCGCGACCGAAAAUGACUGGGUUCUAAAGCUCGCCAUAUUUGGUUUUAUUGUAUUACUCAUGGCCUUUUUUAUAUACGUCAUCUACGCCAUCCAGCGCUCUGCGGCCAAACUCCAUCAAACUACGAAACUGCUGAUGGAAGAAAAGCAAAGGGCGGACUCUCUUCUCUACCAAAUGCUGCCGUACCUGGUAGCAGAGCAAUUAAAGGGCGGCCAAAGCGUGACAGCAGAGCAGUUUGAAAGCGUGACAGUCUUCUUUAGUGAUAUCGUCGACUUCACGCAAAUAUGUGCCAACAUUUCUCCCAUGGAGGUCACACAAAUGUUGAACCGUCUCUACGGUAUCUUUGACAACCACAUCGACAAAUACGACGUUUACAAAGUGGAGACGAUUGGUGAUGCUUACAUGGUGGUAUCAGGCCUUCCAGAGAAAAAUGGGCACCGUCACGUUACGGAGAUCGCUCUGAUGGCGCUACAUUUAGUGGAGCUCAUGGAGAGCCUUCGUUUUGGCUCCGACGGUGAACGGGAUCUUUGCGUUAGAAUCGGGAUCCAUACAGGCCCCUGCGCGGCUGGAGUUGUGGGAAACAAAAUGCCUCGUUACUGUUUAUUUGGAGACACUGUCAAUACCGCCUCUAGGAUACAAACAACGGGCUUGCCCCAGAGAAUUCAUGUCAGCAAGGAUACAAAAGAUAUGCUGACAUUUCUUGGGGGAUACACUCUGGAAUACAGAGGACUUGUCGAAGUAAAGGUAUGCUUUUCCAGCAUGGCUCUUAUAAGCCCUAGCGUACCAAAGUAGAUUCAACUCGUGCUAUAACGACCCACUGGCUCGUGUCACUGAUUGAUGAAAGUUCUGCGCGAACUUGGGUUAGAUAAAUUAGCCGGCAUAAUUUCGAGCAUAAUACUAUGGUGCGAGCAUCGAGCAUAAUGUCGGCAUAAUAGUCAUGUUUAGGAGCCUAAAAGUUGAUAAAAUUAUCCUGGUAAUAAAAACAUCAAAAUGAUGUGUUUAAAAAAAUGUCAAUUGUGGGCUUUGUGGCUGCUUUAUGCACUUAUUUGGCUUUGUUGAAUGCCUGGUUUUCUGUUUGAAGGCCUGGCUACCUUACUUUAUGCCUGGCUCCCCAGGCAGUUUUCACUUGUCAUGAACCAAACUGAAGAGCCUCCUGACAUACAGCUCUUGUUGCUUCGUAUGAGAGCAUUCGUUUUUGAAAGGCGUUGUUCAGUUGUUAUUUAAAAGAAGGACAUUUAAUAAUAUGUUAGCCAUUAUUUUGUCUUUUCUUUUUUUUGCGCAAAAUUCACCCAGCAUC